AGAAAAACAGUAUAAUAAAUUUUUCAAUAGUGAAUUGAGUUUCUUCUCUUCUGAUAGUAGAACAGAAACAUAGUAAAAAUGUCUGACAAAUCUCAAAAUGUUAUGCGUGAAUUACGCAUUGAAAAGUUAGUUUUAAACAUUUGUGUUGGUGAAUCCGGUGAUAGAUUAACCAGAGCCUCCAAGGUUUUAGAACAAUUAUCUGGUCAAACUCCAGUUCAAUCUAAGGCUAGAUACACUGUCAGAACUUUCGGUAUCAGAAGAAACGAAAAGAUUGCUGUCCAUGUUACUAUCAGAGGUCCAAAGGCUGAAGAAAUCUUAGAAAGAGGUUUAAAGGUCAAGGAAUAUCAAUUAAGAACCAAGAACUUCUCUGAAACCGGUAACUUUGGUUUCGGUAUUGAUGAACAUAUUGAUUUAGGUAUCAAGUAUGAUCCAGGUAUUGGUAUUUACGGUAUGGAUUUCUACGUUGUCAUGGGUAGAGCCGGUGCCAGAAUUGCCAGAAGAAAGAGAACUAGAGCCACUAUUGGUAACUCCCACAAAACUAACAAGGAAGACACUAUCCAAUGGUUCAAGCAAAGAUAUGAUGCUGAUGUUUUAAACAAAUAAAUGUAAUACUUUAUAGUCUCUCUAUAUAUCUCCUGUAUACAAUAAUAUCACAUAUAUCAUAAUAAAAAA